AUGUCUCUCUUCUCCCUCUUCCUCGUCCUGCUAUUGUCACUCCAUGUUGUUUCCACCAACGCGAGAACCGCCGCCAACACCAACUCCCUUGCCGGCGAUGCCAACUCAAUCCCUCCCAAAGAAUACCUUGUCCGUUACUGGACUGAACAAAUCACUAGCAACCCUGCCAUACCACCACUGCUCACAUCCAAAGUUUCACCCUUAACUGCUGCAGAAACAACCCUUUUUGCCCAGCUCGUGGCUAAAGGUGCCAUCUCCGAUCGCCUCUCAUCUUUCUGCAGGGCAGCACAACUGCUCUGCUUCCCAGCCUCACCACACUAUCCAGUUGGCUACACUGUCGAAAAUAGUGCCACGACACCGGCAGAUGGCAUGAACGUGAACAGGGGCGUGGAGCCUGGCAAAUACUUCCGGGAAUCGAUGCUGAGGAGUGGGAAUAUGAUCCGGAUGCCGGAUCUUCGUGUCAAAGCUCCCAAAAGGUCGUUUUUGCCUCGCAGCAUUUCCUCCGGAUUACCGUUCUCCACCUCGAAGCUCGCCGAGCUGAAGCAAAUCUUCCAUGCUGGGGACGAUUCCAAUAUGGAGAAGAUCAUGAUGCGCACACUUAGCCAGUGCGAGCAAGCGCCAAUCCAAGGUGAGACCAAGCGAUGUGUAAGCUCUGUCGAGGGCAUGAUCGACUUCGCCACCUCAAUACUAGGCCACGACAUCCAGCUUCACUCCACGGAGAGCGUCGAAGGGUCGAAGCAUGAGAUCUUGAUUGGACGAGUGAAAAGGUUGGACGGGAGUAAAUCGAGUGCGCCCGUGGCAUGCCACGAGACUAUAUUUCCUUACAUGGUCUAUUACUGCCACACGUUUCCGACCCUCCGAAUUUACGAAGCGGAUAUACUGGAUCCCGUGUCCAAGGCCAAGAUCAACCAUGGCAUCGCCCUCUGUCACAUGGACACGUCGAUUUGGAGUCCAAAUCACGAGGCGUUCCUUGCGCUCGGGUCGAGCCCUGGUCGGAUCGAGGCCUGCCACUGGGUCUUUGGGGAUUAUGGUGUCUGGACAGGGGCCAAUUAG